GCCAAUCCGAACCGCGAAAAAAAAAUGUGUGUUUAUGCAACUAAGGCAGAGAAUUUUGGAUAAAUUAUUCAUCAGAGACUAUCAAACAUUCUCUAAACGCUGUGAGCCCUCAGUGCUCUGUGAGUGGAGCUCGACUGUAGGUGGACUCAGCGCGCGAGCCCGGGCAGCAGGCAGGGUUUGUUGUGCAGCCGGAGCGCUGGUUCAGCUGCACACUCACUCACUCCUCAAACCGCGCGCUGAAAAUGCCUUUCAGGACCCGGAAAAACAUGGACGCUGGUGUAACAUUAUUACUGAGUUGCCUUUUUAUUUCUGUACAAGCAAAAGUGUCGUGUCCCAGCGGACAGUUCGCUUUUAAAACCCGCUGCGUCUUGUGUCAUCCCACCUGCACCGAGUGUGAGGGCCAUGAACUGUUCCAGUGCACAGCCUGCGGAACGGAUGAGGAUGGGAGGGAGCGCUUCCUGUACCAGGGCCACUGCAGAGCCCACUGCCCGCGGGAGUUCUACCCAGACCGAGAUCAGUACACCUGCCUGCCCUGCAUUGCCAACUGUGAGAUCUGCGUGGAUGGCAGCAUCUGCGCCAAGUGCAGGGAAGGAUAUAAAGUCCAGAGUGGGCUCUGUCUGCCAGUUCCCUGCGGUGUGGGUCAGGUCCAGGACCCCGACUCUGGAGAAUGCAUCGACUGUGAGACUGGCUGCAAGACCUGCUCUGCUGAUGAUCCAGAGUACUGUAAGAGCUGCACAGAUGGCUACUUUCUGUACAGGCAUCAGUGUCGCCAGCACUGCCCCCAGAGGAGCUACGAGGAGCCAAGCAGGGCUGUGUGUCUCAGCUGCCAAGAGUCCUGCUUAGACUGCAGGAGUGAGACGCUCUGUCUGUCCUGUCAGCCAGGCCACUUUCUCCACAAUGGUGCCUGUGUGAAUGAAUGUCCCCAGGACACAUUCGAGGAUGCCAGAGGAUGGCACUGUCAGCCCUGUCAUGCCUCAUGUUUAACCUGCCAUGGCCCAGGAGCUAGAGACUGUGACAGGUGCAAUGGCUGGAACCGCCCCAUUUAUGGGACAUGUCCCAUUCUCAGCUGCCCUGAGGGCCAGUACUUUGAUAGUGGGACUCGUGACUGCCGUUAUUGUGAUGUGUCCUGCAGGACAUGCUAUGGUCCAACAGCACAAAACUGCGACACCUGUGCUACUGGGUACAUGUUGGAGCAGCAGGAGGCAGUGUGUGUGCAGCAAUGUCCAUUAGGGUUCUAUGGGAACAGCUCCAGUCAGCAGUGUGAGAAGUGCUCAACUAACUGUGAGGAAUGUGAAAGUGGGGACCAAUGUUUGAGGUGUCAGAGUGGCCCUUAUCAACUCUUUCUGUUCCAGGGCAGCUGCUGGUCAGAGUGUCCAGAUGGUUAUUUUGAGACAGAAGAGGGGACAUGUGAGCCUUGUGAUGACUUCUGUUUGACCUGUGAUGGGAGCAAAACUCAGUGUCUUACAUGUAGAGAUGGUCUUUUCCUGGAAAGUGGCAUGUGCAGAGAAAACUGCUCAGUGAGGACCUAUGCUGCUGAGGAUGGCACAUGCAGACGCUGUGGCCCUCACUGUGACAUCUGCACUGAUACGAGCACAUGCACCAGAUGUACUUUUCUUUACCUUCUUUUGAAUGGCAUGUGUAAAGCCAGCUGUCCAGAGGGUUAUUUUGAGGACUUGGACCAAGGCGUGUGUGUGCAGUGCCAUGAAUCAUGUGCUACAUGUUCUGGGCCUCUCUCAGAUGACUGUGAGAGCUGCUCCAUUCUGGCCCCAAAGCUGUAUGAAGGCACAUGCUCAGAGGAAUGCCCUGCUGGCACCUACUACCAGCCUGCCAGCAUGGAAUGCCAGGAAUGCCACCAGACAUGUGCAUUGUGUAUGGGCCCAGAACCCACCCAGUGCACUCAGUGUGUGAAAGGUCUAGCCCUGGACCCCAACACCAUGAUGUGUGGCGUGACCGGAGACUCAGACUGCCCACCCAGAACCUUCCUCCAUGCCAACCAGUUCACAUGUCAGGCAUGCCAUCGUCACUGCCAGUCUUGUGAGGGCCCUGGGCCUACAGAUUGUCAGACAUGUGCCCUGCCCCGAUAUCUCCAUAAUGGCUCUUGUUUAACCGAGUGUCUGGGUGACACAUACAGUGCCCAUGAGGAAGCUGAUGGCAUUGAACUGGGGUUCUGUAUGCCAUGUGAUCAUGUGUGUGCCACAUGCUCUGGAGCAUCUCCUAAAGACUGUCUGAGCUGCUCUCCUGGUUACUUACACCUGCUCUCUCAUCUUUGUGUCCGCCAUUGUCCCACAGGGUACUACAGUACAGGCCACCGCUGUGAGAAGUGUCAUGUGUCCUGUGAAAUGUGCUUGGGCCCAGAACCGGAUGCCUGCAUAGUCUGCGUCCCACCUCUGCUGGAGCUACAGGGCACCAAGGUGUGUGUGGAGCGGUGCCCUCCCCGUUUCUACCAAAGCGCGCACACCUGUGGGCAGUGUCACACUAGCUGCAAGACGUGCACAGAUAACACACCUCACAGCUGUCUGACGUGCGAUUGGGGAAGUAUUUUACAGGAAGGGGUGUGUUACCCUCGCUGUGAAGAAGGCCGUUACUACUCUCAAAAUGAGGUGUGUGAGACCUGUAAUGAAUCCUGUAAGCACUGCUCUGGGCUGGGGCCUGAGAGCUGUGUGACGUGCCACGCAGGUUUUGGACUGCAUGCUGUAACCCGGCGCUGUGUGCAUUGCUGCCAGCCAGACGAACUGACCAGGAAUUGCUGUCUCUGUCACUCAGCUUCAGCUUUGUGUUUGGAGGCUCCAGUGUCAGCACAUAACCAGGCUGAGGAAGACGAGGUGAAUCUGAGGUCUCGGGUAUACCAGCACACGUCUGCUGCCCUGCCUGUUGCUCUGAUCUUGGUUGUAAUCCUUGCGCUGGGCAUCUUUGCAUUGGCAAAGGCCCGUGCCAAGAAGAGGCUGUGCUGGAGGCAGAGUUAUGAGAGGCUGAGCGGGACCGCAGGGACCAGGCCUGAUCCACGUCCCAUGCCCCAUGGAGUACCUGAGCCCGAGGACAGCGGAGACGAUGCAGACGUUGUGUACACAAGUCGAGAUGGAUCGGUCUAUCGCCGCUAUGGAUUCAUACACAAAUCUGAGCUUGAGGAAGAAGAGGAGGAUGAAGCUAAUGAGAACACACUCCUCAACCGAGCAUAAAGAGAGCAAAGGGCAUGCUGAGGGGGUUGAGAUCCAGAUAGUUCCAAAUUUCAUAUUAUAAUUUUUUCUUUUUUCAAUUAAAUAAACGUUAGCAUGCACCAUACAUGUUCUCCCAUUGUAAAAAUAUUUUAUGUGUAAGCAAAACCUAUAAAACACUUGUUUUUGUAUUUGAACAUGAAUGAUUAGUUAACAUGAUAGAUUGCAAACCAUCUGUGGAACUGAAUUUGAAUGAACAAAUAUAAAAAUUCUUUGUAACUCCAGUUUCAUGCCUUUUGAAUGUUUUCCUCUAACAAUUGUUUUGUCUUUCUUGGAAAAGACGUGCAUAUGUAUCAGGUGGCAUGUUCCAUUUUGUAAAUAUAGCUGCAUUCAGUGAAUUGCUUAUUGAAUUGCCAGUUCAUAUUGUAACAAUUUGUAAUGUUCCAUUUGUAUAACUACAACAUGCAAUUUCGAUAAAAUAUCUUUAAGUCUUUAAAGUGUUUUAAAGUAUUAAUUUUUGUAACAUUUCUACACUAAGUAACUUUAAAAACGCACAUUGAUAAAACAGCACUUCAGGAAGCAUGGCAGGCGAUCCCACAGAGGCAGAUCAAUGGUCUGAUAAGGUCUAUGCCACGAAGAGUGAACGCCUUGUUGCAAGCAAACGGAGGUCAUACACGAUACUGAACCUGUAAUUUCGUGAACAUGGACCAACUGUCAUUUUGAAUUUUUUUAUUGUGAAUUAAUUCUUGAGUUUGACAAUAAAUGUCCUUUAUCGA